UAUUUUUUUAGUCUGACACCGGAACAAGAUCAACGUUACGAGUUCAUCUCCCGCUCACUGGGGGCGACGCCGUCAUGUUGCCAUAGCAAUGGACAGGAGCAAAUGGGAGAAGAUACUCACCUGUUUUCAGGCAUCUGCACGUGGAUACUUGGUGAGAAACGAAGUCCGUUGUGCACGAGAAGACUUCGAAGACAUCGUUACAGAGAUUGAUGGAGGCUUGACUCACUUGAAGUGGAGGGAGACAGUUAUCCCCGUUCCCCACUUCACAGACACUGACCGUACGUUUUUACGACCCAGCAACUCCGCCAGCAAGCCUCCACGUCCAGCACUAGAUGUUUGUGCCAGUCCACAGAACCCAUCAGCAGCAACAACACCGUCAACAGAGGAGAGAGAUUAUCACGCACAGCUAGAGAAGAUAGAAGCAGAGAGAGAUGAUUCACAACCCAGAGAACAGGCCUCUCUGUAUGCAGACUAUGUCCCCAGAAGCGAUGUUAGAAGGGAUGAAGAGGGUCAAAAAGAAAGCAUUGUGGAGGAUAAAGAUGGUGGGCUGAUGGAGAGCACAGGAGACACCACCGUCUGGAGCAGCUUGGAGCUGGACAUGAACUGUGGUCAUUCUCACAAAGGCUCCAGGCAGUACUGCUUGGUCGAGGAGGUGCCCCGUACCCCAGAGGCCCUGCGUCUCCAUAGAAACACCCUGACCAUGGAGCUGCUCUGGCUCCAACAGGCCAUUGACAGCAGGAAAAAGUACUUGUCACUGAAGGAUAGGCUGAGUGUAUCCUGACAAUCCAGAAGUAAUCUGAACUGGACUUGAUAAUGUGAGACUGAAGACCUGAACUUGGCAUCUGUUCAAUCUGUCAUUUUAUACAU